UGAAAGUGCUUGCAUUGCAGUUAAUUUCCUGGAUAAAGCUCCCCUGGCUACACAUAACUUGCUCUCCGCCUCUCCCCCAAUCCAACUCUGAACGCUGAGCUCCGCCGCCAAGGUCGAGGAAGAUUCCGGCGCCGGCAGAACUCUCCUUCUUUCACGCACUGCACCAAAGAGAAUGCAUUGCUGAAAGGGAUGAUGAAGUUUUCAGGAUAUUCCCUAGCGGUUUCAUUUUCUCCUGUAGGUUCCACUGUCAUUAGAAACAAUUGCAGAUUCCAUGUUGGUAGGAAUUUCCGUAGCAGCUCAAGGUUCUUUUCUGCGAAACAACAAUCACAUGAUAAAGGAGUGCUUCCAAAUUACUAUCUUCCUCCUUGGUUUAGUGUUGCUCCAAUGAUGGAGUGGACAGAUCAUCACUAUAGGACUCUAGCGCGCCUCAUAUCAAAACAUGCUUGGCUCUACACGGAGAUGCUUGCAGCUGAGACAAUUGUCUAUCAACAGGACAAUCUGGACAGGUUCUUGGCAUUUUCUCCUGACCAACAUCCCAUCGUGCUUCAAAUUGGAGGGAGUAAUGUAGAAAAAUUGGCAAAAGCAACUGAACUUGCUAAUGCCUAUGGCUAUGAUGAGAUCAACUUAAACUGCGGAUGCCCUAGUCCCAAAGUAGCUGGACAUGGGUGCUUUGGUGUGAGUCUUAUGCUUGACCCAAAGUUUGUUGCUGAGGCUAUGUCAGCCAUUGCUGCCAAUACAAAUGUACCUGUUAGUGUCAAAUGUCGAAUUGGUGUGGACGAUCAUGACUCUUAUGAUGAGCUGUGUAAGGCCUUUCGUGGUGAUUUCAUAUUCAAGGUUUCUUCUCUAUCACCCACUAAGCACUUCAUAAUUCACUCAAGGAAGGCAUUGCUCAAUGGCAUUAGCCCUGCUGAAAAUAGGAGUAUUCCUCCACUAAAAUAUGAAUACUUUUAUGGCCUCUUACGUGACUUUCCCGAUUUAACAUUUACAAUAAACGGUGGCAUUACUAGUGUUGACGAGGUUUAUGCAGCUCGAGAAGCUGGGGCUUAUGGUGUUAUGGUUGGACGUGCAGCAUACAAUAACCCUUGGCAUAUUUUGGGACAUGUUGAUACUGUAAUUUACGGUGCACCAAGCUGUAGUCUUACACGUCGUCAGGUCCUUGAAAAAUAUAUCGUCUACGGGGACUCGGUGUUGGGAAAAUAUGGACAUAGGCCAACUGUGCGAGAUAUUGUGAAGCCUUUACUCAAUCUUUUCCAUUCAGCGCCCGGGAAUGGACUUUGGAAGCGCAAAGCAGAUGCUGCUUUCCGACAUUGCACGACAAUAAAAUCAUUUUUUGAAGAAACCCUUGUAGCAAUUCCUGACUCUGUGUUGGAUUCGCCUGUUGUGGAACCAACUCCUGGCCGCAGAGAUCUUUUUGCAAAUAUGGACAGUUUACUGCCUCCUCCAUACACGACAAGAGAAGAGGCUGUUAUUAUAUGCGCUUAGGUUCACUUGUACUCUACAAAAACAGGUUGAAGCCAUUGCCAUUUUUUUGUAAAAUGAAAUUCUAGGUCCCGUGUAACAGCUCACCUUUUUUGUUGACGAAUCAAUGUAUCAGCUCACAUUAAUACAAUGUAAAUGGAUGUUAUUUAUUCUAAGCAACUGACUUUGAAAUGUAAGUACAUUUUAUUCUAUUCUAUGUAGCAUUGA